AUGGAGCAUGAGCAUCAGACCUACUCCACUCUAAAGUCCAGGAACACCUCUGCUCUGGUGGCGGGACUCAAACCCGGCACUAAGUACAUCUUCCAGGUCCGAGCUCGCACCUCGGCCGGCUGCGGUCGCUUCAGUCACAACGUGGAGAUCCAGACCGGGAAAGCAGGAGCAGCAGGAGGUGGGGGUCAGAGCAGCAGGAGGCGGGGGUCAGAGCAGCAGGAGGUGGGGGUCAGAGCAGCAGGAGGUGGGGGUCAGAGCAGAGGAGGUGGGGGUCAGAGCAGCAGGAGGCGGGGGUCAGAGCAGCAGGAGGUGGGGGUCAGAGCAGAGGAGCCCGCCUCCCCCCUCCCUCACCCGCCUCCUGCCUCCCUCACACGCCCCCCCUCCCUCACCCACCCCCUGCCUCCCUCACCCGCCUCCCCCCUCCCUCACACGCCUCCCUCACCCACCCCCUGCCUCCCUCACCCGCCUCCUGCCUCCCUCACAUGCCCCCCCUCCCUCACACGCCCCCCAUCCCUCACCCCUCUCCUGCCUCCCUCACCUACCUCCCCCCAACCGGUCCCGGUGCGGUACAACUCCAUGACCAUAGCCUGGAUCUGCUUGGUCCUGGUCUCGGCUCUGGGCGGCUUCAUGGCCUUCAUCGUCUGCAGGAAACGGCAAGGCUACACUUUACCACACUACCCAUCGCUGCUGUGUGUGGGACCUUUAUUCACUUUCACCUGUGUGUCUUUGUGUUAG